AUGCCACCAAAAAAGGGAGGAGGAAAAGGUAAACAACAAGAACCAAAAAAAGAUAAAUCACAAAAAGCUGCUGAUAAGACUUUUGGUUUGAAAAAUAAAAAUAGAUCUACAAAAGUUCAACAAUAUAUUAAACAAGUUGAAACUCAAGUCACAGAUGCUCAAAAGAAGAAGAAUGCUGCAUUACAAGCUCGUAGAGCUGAAGAAAAGAAAGCUGCUGAAGCUGCAAAAGCUGAAGCUUUUAGAAUAUUAAAUUCUCAAGUUGAACAAAAAGUUCCAUUUGGUGUUGAUCCAAAAACUGUCUUGUGUAUUAAUUUCAAAAAUGGGAAUUGUCCAAGAGGUGCCAAAUGUAAAUUUAGUCAUGAUAUGAAUGUUGGUAAAAAAGCAACUAAAAAGGAUUUAUAUACUGAUGAUCGUGCAACAAAAGAAGCUGAUACAAUGGAUCAAUGGGAUGAAGAUAAAUUAAGAGAUGUUAUUAAAUCAAAACAUGGUAAUCCAAAGACAACAACUGAUAAAGUUUGUAAAUUUUUCAUUGAAGCUGUGGAGAAUGGUAAAUAUGGUUGGUUUUGGGUUUGUCCAAAUGGUGGUAAUGAAUGUAAAUAUAGACAUUCAUUACCUGAAGGUUUUGUAUUGAAGACAAAAGAACAAAAAAGAUUAGAAAAAAUGGAAGAAGAUGCUCAACCAAAGAUUUCAUUAGAAGAAUUCUUGGAAACUGAAAGACAUAAAUUACCAAAAACUGGAUUAACUCCAAUAAAUGUUGAAACUUUUGCAAAAUGGAAAGAAGGUAAUAAAAUUAAAAAAUUAAAUGAUGGUAAAAAAGAUGGUAAGAAAUUAACAGGUCGUGAAAUUAUUCAAAAGAAAUUCUUGGAUAAAAAUUACUUUGAAAAUGAAGAUGAUUCUCAAUCUGCUUUUGAUUUAUCACAAUUUAAACAAGCUUUAGAUCCUGAAGAUGCAAAUAUUAAAGAUUAUGGUGAUGGUCAAAAUGUUACUUUUGAAGCAAAAGGUGAAACAAAACCUGAAAUAAAUCAACCAGAAACUCAAACAGAAACUCAAACAGAAACUAAAUCAGAAAUCAAACCUGAAACAGAAUCAAUAACAAAAGAAUCAACAACAAUAGAAACAAGUGGAUAA